GGGACAAAACAAAAAAAAACUGUAUUAAUAGUUUUUACAUUUUUUUUUUUUUUUGGACUGUACUUCCGCCAUCAUCUACAGAUCAGAGUCCGCCCCGUGUGAAACUACCACUUCCUAUAUCAGACGUCGCUCAGCUGCUGCCGCCCUCGACGUUAGAAGCAAGACUUUGAGCGAACGUGUCGUCGUCUCCGACGGCUGGUUCCUGUCCGGAAGUCCCCUCAUCUGUCCGGAAGUCCCCUCAUCUGUCCGGAAGUCCCCUCAUCAGUCCGGAAGUCACCUCAUCUGUCCGGCGCUCACCUGGCCGGAAGUCACCUCACCAGUCCGGAAGUCAGCUCAGACCUCACCUGUCCGGAGAGCAGGUGUGACGGAAAGCGUGUGAAGUUGUUUGAUCACACAACAAGUUGGACUCUAACCCUGAUAACCGGGUGGUGCCACACUUGAUGUCAACGUUGUCGCUGCCGAAUGUAGCUGCUGUCGAGUGAGACACGACGCGCCUCGACGGCGACACCGGGCCAGGUCCAGGGCUGACGACGAGACAAGCCGAACACCGCCUGUCAGUCGGGUGAAGUAUGUCAGCGAUGACAGCCAGCACAACAAACUACCUGUGGUCUUUACAGGAUGUCCUCGGUCAAGGGGCAACUGCCAGUGUAUACAAAGCACGAAACAAGAGGUCAGGUGAGCUGGUAGCGGUGAAGGUGUUUAACAUGAUGAGCUACAACCGCCCUCAUGAGGUCCAGAUGAGAGAGUUUGAGAUGCUGAGGAAGCUCAACCACGGCAACAUUGUCAAGCUGCACACUGUGGAAGAGCUGCCCUCUAAGCAGAAGGUGCUGGUGAUGGAGUAUUGUUCAGGAGGGAGUCUGCUAAGCCUGCUGGAGGAGCCAGAAAAUGCCUUCGGCCUGCCAGAAAAAGAGUUCCUUACCGUACUGCAGUGUGUAGUGCAGGGGAUGAACCACCUGCGUGAAAAUGGCGUGGUACACCGGGACAUCAAGCCAGGCAACAUCAUGCGGCAGGUCGGCGACGAUGGCAAGUCUGUUUAUAAGCUGACUGACUUUGGAGCAGCGAGAGAGCUGGAGGAUGAUGAGAAGUUUGUGUCUAUCUAUGGAACUGAAGAGUAUCUGCAUCCAGACAUGUAUGAACGUGCAGUGCUGCGUAAGGCUCAUCAGAAAUCUUACGGAGUGAGUGUUGACUUGUGGAGUAUUGGUGUGACGUUUUACCAUGCUGCCACCGGGAGUCUUCCCUUCACACCGUAUGGAGGACCUCGCAGGAACAAGCUCACCAUGUUCAAAAUAACUACAGAGAAACCUGUGGGUGCAAUAGCUGGAAUCCAGCGUGCAGAGAGCGGACCUAUAGAGUGGAUCUACCACCUACCUCACAACUGCCAACUGUCCCGCGGUCUGAGGGUGCAGCUGGUCCCAGUGUUAGCAGGUAUUUUGGAGGCUGACGACGAGAGAUGUUGGGGUUUUGACCAGUUCUUCACAGCCACCACAGACAUAUUGCAGCGGCAGCCAGUCCACCUCUUCUCUCUGCAGCAGGCCAUGGCGCACUCCAUCUACAUUCACCACUACAGCACGGUGUCGGCAUUCUUUGAGGAGGUGGCCUCUCAGACUGGUAUAGGGGUUCAGCAGCAAAAUCUGCUGUACCUGGGGCAUGAGCUCCCUCUGGAGGGCCAAAUGAAGGUUGUCAACCUCCCACCUACUUCACCUGCCCAGCCCCUCAUGCUGCUCAGCUCCGGGCCUGAAUCGAACAUCAGCCUGCCCUUCAGAGAACAAACGCCUGUCAUCCCAUCCAGGUUUGACGUCAUGGCAGACUACAUUUUUACCAAGGCAAUAGUAGGAGUGGUCCACCAGUAUCUGAGGAUAGUGCAGUCGCUGCACAAGCACAGAGAGCUGCAACUGCAAGGAUACCACAGCUACAUGAUGAGGUUGCGCAGGGAGUGUGGAGAAGCCGUUCACAGUAUUGCGAUGAUCACCAUUAGAGUGCAGUCCUGCCUCAACGUACAACAGAGAAUUAAAACGAUUGGCUAUCACACUCCAGAAAACCAAGGCCUGGCGGAUCAUAGUCAUAGACUGCAGCUGGUCCAAGAGCACCUGCCUAUAUACACUGCCGGCAUCCAAGAGUUCCAGAACCAACUGGACCAACUUCAGAUCGAACAGGCCAAGCUAGCAGAGAUCCUGGCUAAUGACAAGAGCUGUCAGAAGAUGGAGAUGCUGCUGCAGAAGAUUACAGCAAUUCAUCAGCAUUAUCGCAAAGACAGACUCACUGGCAAGUUAGCAUAUAAUGAUGAACAAAUACACAAGUUUGAGAAAAUCCACCUGUCGUCCCACAUUAAGCGAGUGAAGUCUCUCCUGCGAGAGGACUGUGUGCAGAGAUACAAAGAGCUUUUGGCCUCAACGAGAACAUGGAGCAGUGUUUUACAGGAGAUGCAGACCCGACUGCUUGACUUCAGCUCUUUCUCAACAGGCUUGUUAGCCGACCUUGAGAUGAGUGAUCAGUGUCAAAAUAAGGCUCUGGACAGAAUCCUUUCCAGUCUGCAGGCCAGAAGAGCAGAACAGCAGCCUGGAAUCGCACCCAGGGACAAGGACCAGAUGGUUUCCAGCAUGCACCAUCUGAAGGAGGAAAUGGAGAUUUUGGUGGGAGAACUACAGCGUAACAACACCAUUAUCGAGAGUUUGGGAGCAGUGACGCCUGCAUCAGCUCUGGAGCCGAGCAUGGUCAGACCUUCUACACUUUGACCAAAGAACAGCAUCUUUGCAUGUAAACUCACAAAUCUCUCGGACAGUUACUCAUUUUAAAAGCCUUUCAUGUGCUGUUGUGGACAAUGUACUGCAUCCUCUUUCAAAGACUGCCUGCAGUUAGUGUGAUAUGAAGAGGAAGCAGCUGAAGACAAUCAAUAAAAUCUCAAUUCAAAGAGAAGAUGCCUUGACUGGAGAAGGAGGAAAUGUAAUCGAUUGAUUAAACCAAUUGAACCUUC